UGAAUUAACGCAUCAGUAAAUAUUGUUACUCUUAUAACUUAAGAGUUGUCGUUGAAUACGAGGCGUGCCCGUGAUUCUGUACAUGUCUAUGUUUUGUAAGGUUGUGGGUCAGACGGCCAUCUAGACUAUAUCGUAACCUAUGGCCUUCGGAUAUUCUAUUGUUAUUAAGGUUUCUUUAAGUGUUUCUGUCCGCUACACUUAGUGCGCAUGCUCUUUUUUUACCAUUCUCAACUUUUUCUAACCCAUGCAAAUACCUUAUUAGCCGCAAGGUAUCUAGCUCGGGGACUCCCACCACACCAUUGGCUAACCAGAACAGGUUUUUGCGGUAUUCCGCACGCGCGAUGGCCUAGUAAUUGUUAGAGACUAGCGCAGCCUUGCGUAAGACUCGCGAGUUAUAUCUAUGCGUUUAUGCUACCGCUUUGCAAAACAAGUUGUUCUAACGUGAGGAGUGGAGAUGAGUGCUCGUUGCACCGUUGAUGGAAGUUAUGCAGGAAUCUGGCCUUUAAAUGCCAGUACUUGAACAUGCCGACAUGAUACCGUUAGACAGGAAUUAACAACGAACCUUAGACGCGAAAGCAAGCCAGUUUUUCCUAGGACUGAGGUUGAAUAUAAUCGAUUUUUAGAAAUUCGGGGUGAUCUCGCACUAUCGCCGAACAUCUUCUAAUUGUAGGAAUUAGAAUUGUACGUUUUUGUUUUUAUUCUUGUACUUUGUUCGAUUUACGUGUCGUCAUUUUUUCUUUGUGCUUCAGUUACUGGAUUGUGAUUGCGAAUUAUAUCACCAGACAUGAAACUACUCGAUGAAAUAUUUGAAGGAACUGCAGACUUUGUAGGUAAAUCCCCUGUGGAAGGACCUUUGACGGAGGUGUCUCUACAGCGGUGCCUAAAAUCGCUGCCCAUGUUCUCGGAAGAGCUCCAAUUAGAACAAUUACAUCCCACGUGGAACGUGCAAUUUAAUGGACAGUGUCUGACCGCUUCCUGCAACAAGCUAGGUUCCUACGAAAUUCAGAGAGUGGAUGUGAAAAAUGUAGUACACUGUCAUUUGCCGAAGGAAUCUUCGAGAACAAUAGUAUGGGUGGUUACAGGCGUAGGUAGAGAAGAGGCAAAAGAAGCUUGGGUUUGGAGAUGUGCAAUGGAAAAGGAUGUCGUCCAGUUGUAUCACAUGUUCCAGGAGAUGGUAGAAAAGUGGAAAGACAUUAAUGUCCCCGAUUAUGGCCCUAAAAAAAGAGAGAAUGGGGACAAUACAAGUUUUCUCGUUGCUGAAGGAUUAAGCUUUAAAAAGUCUGUGGACCAGCCCAAGACAGUAAGACCCGCAGGAUGUCCACAUAUCAAAAUAACGCUUAUUUCACAGACGGAAGAGGACGAAAAAUUAAUUGCUGUUAACGAUCCGGAUUCUACAAUCCCUGGAAAACAUCGAGAGUCUCACCAAAAUUCCAAUGUUCCAACAACAGAAGAAAAGCCCAAAGUGCCACCUCGAACCAGGAAGAAAACACCGCCGCCACGACCUCCAAGAGGGGUCACGAAACAAGGAAUAUCUAAAUCUAGUCAGACAGCAGAAAAACUUAAAACAUCUAACCCGCCAACUUGGGUUCAAGAGCAAACCUUCAAUGACGUUAGAGAAAACAAAGGUUUGAUAGAGGUCCCCGCUGAGGUAGAAGACUCGACGAAAAACGUAAACCGGGAAGUUCUGGUAGCUGUAACGCGUUCAAGUCGUGACCGCAAGCCUAUAUCGACACGACAACGCGAGCCUGCCAAACUUUUGGUCUCACGUCCCGACGAAAAACAACGGGAGUCCUCCAGGGUCAGUCGUGGCUUGUCUCCUCAUCGAUCUGCCGGUGAAGUUUCUUUGGGAAGACUAGUAAGAAAUCUUCUAGGAGCCGAUACUUCGAAUCACUCCAAUCCAGAGGCAGUAAAAUCUAUUGAAUGUCAUCUCAACAGACAGAGGAAUAGAAGCAGUUUGGCAAUUCGUGAUGGUUACUUGUGGCAUCAGGAGUCGUGGAGGGAUGGCAACAGCAACAACCGGAUUGCUGUGCCAUAUACAAGGUGGAUGAAUAAAGCAGGAAGUGGUGAUCCACAGAUCCAUUGUGGCGUGCUAAAAAAAGUGUUUGGGAACAAAUCCCCAAAUGGCGUAACAGACAGCAAGAUGUACGUGUCAAGUGAGUACCCCAGCUCUGGCUCUCGUCUGGAGCUUUUGGAAGGUUCUCCAAUUUUGUUGGAUCAGUUAAAAUCGAAGAAAUUCAAAAAUGUGGGUUUUCAGUCUCGUGCUUCUCACUUAAUCAGAUGUGGGUCCCUGACAAGCGACGAGUCCGAUAACGGGCUAGAAACCAAGCCAAAGUCAGUGUUAAAGAAGCCGAAAUCUUUCAGCGGUGAUGGUUCUCACGAAUCCAAAAAGAAUGUGACUUUUAACACUAUGACUACAGUCCAAGUUAUGGAAGAGUGAAACGAUAUUAUUUAAGUGGGUGUGAAACUAGUGUGAAAAACUAAUAUCCUCUCAUCGAAUCUAGUCGGAUUUUUGUGCAAACGGAUAGAAUUGUCAGUCUAAAGUACGGAUCAAGUGAAGUGAAUUAAAAAAAAAAAACUAAUGUAAGGAUGAAAGUGUUUCCUCUUCGGUAGUUUGUAAGUGUGAACAAUGUUAUAUUAUAUUCCACGUGCAGAGCGAGCGGUGCUUUUCCAGUAAAUAUUUCAUACUUCUAUAUAAUGCCAGUUAAUUCGUUCGAUUGAUAUGAAUGGUAUGUUUAAGCAACACAUGUUUUUCGUUUAAGCAACACGUGUUUU